AAAGGGUGUGGAGGUGGAGGAGGAGGAGGAGGAGGUGGUGCUGGUUUUUUGUGGGCUUUGUCAGGGGCCUGUCAGACGAAGCCGAUCCAUUUCGUAGCCGUUGGAUCUCCUCCAUCUUCCAUCCCAGCUACCCAUUCUUGAUUCUUCUCCUCCUUCUGACAUAGUCUGCCCCGUGAUUGCCGCCGCCUCAAGUUUUGAUAUUCUCUGUCAAGUGAGGAUCAAAUGGAUGAAGUGAACAAAGUAAGAUGACUUUUUGUAUGCUCUGAGUAUUAAGUUGCAUCCAUGGUAUGCAAAAUUUUGAUUAUUUUGUUGGUGACUGGAACGACUUUAAUGCAGAAUUUGAGAAAAAUUGAUGAUGAUGAUGAGAUUGAGAUUUUGAUUUUUGUGAAUCAUAAGGCGCCAAUGGAUGGAUUCCCUAUUGUAGCAAUCUGCAUCUGUACCACAUAUCUCAUUUUCUAGUUGAACAAUUGUUGGGGGAAUUCAUUUAACACCAGUUGAUUAAUGAUUGUUUCUCAGACAUCCAUCGCUCUCAUUCAAUCGGGGUCAGCGAUUGAGUUUGGUGCCCGCUUGAGAGAGAAGUACCUCUUUGCUGCCACCAUCUCCAUAUUUGACCUUGGAGGUCCCGUGUUUUCUGACUCAUUCCAUGUCUCGUGAGUUGGAUAGUCCCGUUCAGACCCAGAUGGCUGUUGCAGUUCCCAAUGGCCCAUGCACUGGUGAGUACCAUGUGAGCACCAGAACGGAGGGAAAACCUGCUGGAAGGAGGCGUGUUUUUGUUCAAACCGAAACUGGGUGUGUUCUGGGAAUGGAGUUGGAUCGCAGUGACAAUGCCCAUACAGUGAAAAGGAGGUUGCAACUUGCCUUAAAUGUUCCCACUGAGGAGAGCUCUUUGACAUUCGGGGAUUUGAUCCUGAACAAUGAUCUUAGUGCGGUUCGAAAUGAUUCCCCGCUUCUUCUCACAAGGAACUGCCUUCACAGAAGCUCUUCAACUCCGUGUCUCUCGCCUACUGGAAAGAAUCUCCAGCAAAGAGACCAGAGUGGUCCUAUUGAGAUAUUAGGGCGCUUUGGUCGCUUGGCUAGAAUAAAUGAACUGGUUAAGGACAUCGUGACAGCAAUUAAACAUGGUGUUGAUCCCAUCCCUGUCCACAGUGGCCUUGGAGGUGCUUACUAUUUCAGAAACAAAAAAGGUGAGAGUGUCGCCAUUGUGAAACCAACGGAUGAGGAACCUUUUGCACCAAACAAUCCAAAAGGUUUCAUAGGUAAAGCUCUUGGGCAGCCUGGCCUAAAGCGUUCAGUGCGUGUUGGAGAAGCAGGGUUCCGUGAAGUGGCUGCCUACCUUUUGGACCGAGAUCAUUUUGCCAAUGUGCCAGCAACCGUUCUUGUGAAAAUCACACACUCAGUCUUUAAUGUCAAUGAUGGAGUGAAUGGAAACAAGCUUCACAACAGGAAAAAAGUCAGCAAGAUUGCAUCUCUCCAGCAGUUUAUUCCUCAUGACUUUGAUGCCGGUGACCAUGGAACAUCAAGCUUUCCAGUUGCCGCUGUACAUAGAAUAGGGAUAUUAGAUGUUAGAAUCUUUAACACUGACAGGCAUGCAGGAAACCUUCUGGUCAGAAAGCUUGAUGGAGUUGGGACGUUUGGUCAGGCGGAGCUCAUUCCAAUUGAUCAUGGCCUUUGCCUGCCAGAGAGCUUGGAAGAUCCGUAUUUUGAGUGGAUCCAUUGGCCUCAGGCAUCGAUUCCCUUCUCUGAGGAUGAGCUUGAGUAUAUAAACAAUCUUGACCCCGCUCGUGAUUCUGAGAUGCUGCGGAUGGAGCUGCCCAUGAUUCGAGAGGCCUGCCUCCGGGUUCUGGUGCUAUGCACAAUUUUUCUCAAGGAAGCAGCAAUUUUUGGACUCUGUCUUGCUGAGAUUGGUGAGAUGAUGAGUAGGGAAUUUCGGUGCAACUAUGAGGAGCCAAGUGAGCUUGAGGUUGUAUGCCUUGAGGCGAGGAGGAUCUUAGCUGAUAGAGAGGUGAUAGUUUUAGAUGCGGAAGGAGGAGAGCAAGAGUUUCAGUUUGAUUUAGAUUGUGAGGAUGCAGAAGUUGAUAUGCCUCCAAAGCUGUCAAGGGAUUCCCUGAAAAAAGGGUCAUUUCAGAAUGGGUUCAAAGGUGUGCCUGGUCGAAAUCCUCUCUCUAGACUGGAUGAGUGUAGUGAAGAGGAUGAAAUUGAGGUAGAUGGUGGGCUGGGUUGGGACCAGUUUCAAAAUGUUGCAAAGCUGUCCAUCUCAAUGAAAAAAGUUGGCUUGGGUGAGAGGAACCCGUGGAAUUAUGGUGGUAUACCCAAAGGCACUCGUGCAGGAGGGGGUACAUCAUCUGGGAACAGAAGGAGUGCAAAUGAGCAGCUAGCAGCGACCACGAGCUUUGUGACCCUUGCAGACAUGAGUGAGGAGGAGUGGAACCUUUUCCUUGAAAGGUUCAAGGAACUUCUUUAUCCUGCUUUUGCUAAUCGGCAAUCUGCGACCCUUAGGCAGAGACAGAGGCUCGGAUCUUCAUGCCAAUUUUGAGUUGGUUGACCUAUUUACCUGUUAAAAGCUGAAGAAGAAUAGAAAGUGAUAAAGAUAGCGGGAGUUGGGGAUUUGUCAGUCGGUUAAUUUCACCAUGUUUCUGCUUGGAAGAAGAUACUAUAGUCGGUGAAAAGUAGGAAAGUAGUGUAAAUAUGCUUAAGAUCAUAAGGGCAGUCAUAUCUAGGGAAGGAGUGACGAUGGAUCACAUCUAUCCUCCCUUUUAUUUCCUUUCUCCCAUGCUUUGUUGUUUUAUUUGCUUAUUGAGUUAGAAGAGUCUUAGAGAACACUUAGAAAAGGAAAAGAUUAAAAGCCAAGUUAUAUUUUUGUUAUAGAAUAGAAAAUUGAUAGUGUGUAGUGUAAGUGUAAUGUUGGACUUGUUUUGAGUCAUAGUUGUGUAUUUUGCAUUGGACCGAUCGAUGUUAUGUACCCAGGUUUUUUUUUUUUUUUUUUCCUUUAUUAUAAAUUGCCUAGUAUAUCUGGAAUCCGUGUGCUGUAGCAGUUCAAAGCAUUUUCCAAAGAUGGCCCCAGGAGUGGUGGGAGAACACAUUUUCAUCUUUCUUUUCUGUAAUAUGGUGAUGUCUCACGUUCUAUGAUGUGCGAUAUAAAUCUAUCAUGACAUUAUACCAUUA